CCCCGCCGGCUCUGCCGGGGGAGUGGUUUCCCCGCGCCGGCAGCGGCGGGGCCGGUCCGCGGGCUGGGAGGUGCCGCGGUAGCGGUGCAAGCGCCCGGCCCGGGAGGAUGCGGACGCGCUGACGGAGCUAUCGGCUCCCCUCUGCCGUCGUGCAUGGGAGGCGGCCGGCUGCCGCCUCGCCUCGCCUCGCCUGUCCCGCCGCCACUUUUUGGGUUUGACAGAGACCUGAUCUUGCACAAGACUUCAUCAGCGACGUGAACGCCUGCAGCAAGGGCAGAUUUUGGAAGUGACAUCCGUUGAUGUGAUUGAAGCAUGACAGAGGUGAUGAACACACGGGAACCAGUGAUGGAAGAAUUUGUACUCAGCCAGACUCCUGAGGAAGAAGGAGGCCCUUCAAGCCAGGCCUUUCCAGACUCACGUGAGAAGUAUCCCAAGCUGUCCAAAAGACUGCCAUCGAUCGUGGUGGAGCCAACUGAGUCUGGAGAGGUGGAGAGCGGUGAGCUGCGCUGGCCUCCCGAUGACCUGAAAUCAGCAGAGGACAAGGGUCUUCAUGGUGACCAAAGAGUCUGUGUCCAGCAGCAGCAGCAGAUGGAUCUGGAAGAUACUUUAGUGCAUCCAGCUGAAGACGUGGAAGGCAGUACAGAGACUCUGGAAAGCAGAACUGAAGAGGACGAGUAGGGACUCCACGGCCCCAGAAGUGAAACGUCGUUGUGAAUGUUGGAAAGCUAACACACUCUGAAGACAUGUCAAAGUAACCUGUAUUUAAAUCUGCAAGGGUUUUAUUUAGUUAGUACCUAGUAAGAAGCAUCUGGGCUUUAGAACUGUUCUUUUCAACAUUUUGAUUUUCAGGCUGGGAUUCCUAUCAUUUGUUUAAUUUUUCCUUGGGAAACAAUGGAACGUGUUAGGAAAUAGAAGAUUAUCAAGGAGAAAAGAAUUAUCCUAGUUUCAAUUAGCACAUUUCAUUGGUUUUAGCUUUUCUUCAAGCAAGGCUGCUUUCAGGUUAUCAACAGCAGGGCAAAGGGGUUACAUUUCUCCAGGAAGAAUGUCUUAAAUCUAGAACCUUUCUUGUUUUUAGCCAUUUAAAACUAGCACUGUGAUAUUAGGGACAAUAGCUGUAAUAUAAUGUCACCGUUUGAUUUUUUAACUUUUGUAUAGAGACACAAGUGUAAGAUUUGCCUCCAGGCUGCUGCCUGCCCCGGGGGCAGCCCAGAGCAGCUCUCUCCCUUUGACCAACGUGUGCAAAUUGGGAUGAACCAGCCUUUUCUUAGCCGCCUUUUGCGUCAGGCUCAUGCCUUUCAGAAGCGCUUUCUUGCUGUACAUUGGCGAAGUGGAUUGAUAGUGUUUGUGGAGUGAGGCUGUCUGGUGUAGGCUUGGUCAGGUGGAUCGUGCUGGUGGUGCACUCUUCAGGCCCAGCUGUGGCGUGGCCUGCGCUCCUCUCCCUGGAAGCCAGUGAGGUGGCUCCUACUGCUGCCAGGGUUGGAUUUGCCCCAUCUUGUUAAUAGAAAUCAUUGUGAUAAUUGUUUUGGUAUGUUUUGUGCGUAAUGUAGGUGGAGCAGCCCAGCUGUGCCUCCCUUGACCUGAGCCAGGUCGUGGCUGGCUGUGUGUAGUGCGAGCCCAAACCUGCCCUCCGUUUUGCCUGAUGCCAGGUCCCCCUCUCAGCCAUCUGCAGUAGGCUGAUGUGGCAGGACGCACGGCUGCUUCCCGCCUGCCCAAGUGGCACUGCUGUCAGGAGCGUGUGUGCUGUGGGGCAUCAGCCCCUUUGGUUUGGUUUCAUGGCCACCUCCUGGAGCCCACAGCUCACAGUGGGGCAAGCUGUCUCUGGGCACCUCAGGCCUGCAAGGAUUUUCCUUGGGGAUUUGGGAGCUGUUUUGACAGGAGUGAACCCUUUCCUGCACAAGGACCUCCCAGAUGUUCACUCCCAUCAUCACAGGAGAAGCAGCCUUCUGGGCUCAAAACAUUACCUUUUGGACAAUGCCAGCAGAGAUAGAUGAUGCAUGUACUCAGAAGGAUUUGGCUGUGUCAGUAACCAGUGUCCCAUAAGCUAUGAUGUUGGCUUUCUCCAUCUCUGCAGGGCUGGAUGGGGUCUGUACUUCCAAUUAAUGUUGCAGCUGGAAGAAACCACUCACUGCAGGUAGAAGGAAAUCGCAGGAUUUCUUCCAGUGUUGACUCCUGAGUUGACUUUCAAGUGCAUUCUUUUCUCCAGUAAUAAUUUUCUGUAACAGCAACUUUUAAUUGUGUGAUGGUGGAUAAAAUUUACUUGCCAGCUGUAUUAAUAAAUUUAUACCUUCUUAGCAACCAAAUUUAAUAUAUUUACUUACAAAGAUUUCUGUGCAAUGAAUGUUUAACACAGAGGAAAGAGAUUAUUUUACUUCAAAGCAACAUUAAUUUAUGUACAAAACUAUAGCUCAUUGUUUAGGGUGUUUGGGAUCUAGGACCCUUUUUAUAAGCAGUGUAGUAUAGUAUAAUGUGAUACUUAAGUUUAACUGUGCUCUCUCAACUUAGGUAGUGAUCUGUUUUGCCUUCUUGAUGUAGACUUUCUUACCCAAACCCUGUCACAGAAUUACUUUGUUGGAUGAGUGGGAUUCUGGUCAGAGCGUCGAAUUUCACUAGAGUAACUGAAGGUUUCAGGAGCACCCCCUAAAUCUGGCUGCUCAUCACCCCCUUCACUGGUGACUGUUUUCUGGUAGAGGCAAUGAAGCAGGGCCAAGCUCAUGCUACGUGUUUGGGUGGCGCACAUGCAGUGAGAGGAGAUCCCUGACUCAUACCCAUCUGCAGCUGAUUGUGGCAGGAGGAGAAGCAUGCUGGUGAGGCAGCUGGGCGGAUGCAAGGUGUUCUUUAAGUGCUGCUUUUGCCUGGAGAAGUUUUACAGAGCUCUUGGGGGGAAACAAGGACGAUGACGACAGAUUUUUAGCUAUGUGAUUUGCUUUCAGUCUGCAUCUGCCCAGCUUCGUGAGGAGUGACGUUAGACCUGUCACUUAAUUUGCUUUUCACUCUGUAAAAGGAAAAACAGUUGUUUGAAACACUUCCCCCAAUUUUAUGUGCUUUCUAUCUGCUUUCAGACAUUCCAUCCCUUCCUGCUCUGGAUGGCCCUUAUCCUAUUUCCACCUGAGGUCAAUGGCACUUCCCUAAAUAAGUUUCCCAAAGAAACAACAGGAUUCUGUGUACACCCUGAAAAAAAAAAAGGCCACACAGCACUACUUUUUUUGUCCUAGCACAGCCCAUCUACAAAGGCCACUUUUCCUCCUUCCAGCCUAAUUACUCCUCUCUUGCCUUUUCUUUUGGGCUGCUCCCUGGAAACAUUUUACUUGAAGGAAAUGGAUGCUUCAAACUAAAGCUUUCUCCUACAGCUGUGUGGCCUCAGUUUAACAACACACAAAGCCAAACUCCUCCUCCCAUUUUUAUUUUUCUGAACUUGGGCCAGAGGCCCUAAAAUAGGAGAGCAAGACAGAAAGUUGUUUUAUACAAACAUACCCUAUUUAUUCGACUUGUAGCUCUAUGAACAUCCACUUACUUCGUCUGUGUGCAAGUGUUGUCUCUAAUAAACUCAAUAGUUGUUUUGUAUUUUUUUCUGGAUUAAAAGCUUUGUAGAAACUAAAGAGGAAAAAAAAAAGACAUUCAGUCAUAUUUUUCUAGUCUAGCUUGUAGAAUAUUUCAUGUAGUGCAAAAAGGAAGUUUUAUGGAGUAAGACAUUGUUGGAUUUUGCUCUAUUUCGGUUCUUUCUAAUUUUGUAAACUGCCACCUGUACAUAACACUUGACUAAUGUAUGUCCUGUAGAUGUAUUACACCAUUUAGCCUAUUAAAUGCCUAUACUGGACCCAUUGGAAAACAA